CAUGGAUUUUUGUCCCUUCCAUUGUGGAAUAUUCCAAUGAAUGGCCCAGUGUUUCUCUGCUUUGUGUAAUUUUGAUCAGUGAGAUUUGUCUGGUAUAAUGGGGGAGGUGAACUGUAAACAUAAAGGGAUUUAAAAACCGGCAUAAUGUAUUCCAGGUUUAAAAAUAGAACCCUGACAGGUUCCAGUGGCAUUAUUACGCAAAACAAACACGGGUCGCCAAUCGACCGUGCCCAUAGAGUGGCUUGACCAGCCCUCCAUUCAAGCCCAAUCUAAAGCAAGUUCUAGCUCUUUUGUCAAAGCGGAAUUCAAUUUGCAUUUGUAAAUCAUUAUCGGGAAUUUUUUUUUUCUUCAAUGAAUUACUGCAGUGCAUAAAAACUACUGACAGGGGUAGCUGGGAUAUAUUGUCGACAACGGAGACAGUGCAUUUCUUUUGUCAUGGAGAAAUCUUGACACACGGGAAUUGUCCUGUUGUAUAGCAGAGAGGCUCCGGGUAAACGAAAAAUAGGACAGGGUGUAUUUAGUAGAACAGAAAAAAGCCUGCAUAAUGAAUACAGGAUAGCUAAGCAGAGAUAGAUGGCUGUUGGUGUUCUGAAUCUGUUGGUGCUGGAGUAACUGGGGGAUGAGUAAGGGAAACCAUGAACAGACUGAGACAAAAUGGCCACACCAGCAGCAAGCUAAAUGGGUACCACAAGAGUGAUGUCCCCUACAGGAAGGAGUGGGACAGUUGUCUGCCCCUGCCUAGUCUCUUUUUCACUCCAGCAGCAGGGGUAGUCUUCGUCUUUGCCGUGGCAUGUUUCAUGAACAGUUACCAGGGAGAUUUUGUGUUUGACGACAGUGAAGCCAUUUUGUCCAAUAAUGAUCUCAAGCCAGAAACGCCUCUGUCCGAUUUGUUUGUCCAUGAUUUCUGGGGGAGCAAGCUGGACUCCAAGACGAGUCAUAAAUCCUACCGUCCCCUCACCGUGUUAACGUUCAGAUGGAACUACUUUCUAUCAGGCGGACCCUAUCCCAUGUCAUUCCAUAUUGUAAAUAUCAUUCUGCACGGCCUGGUCAGUGUUCUCAUGCUUGCUGUGUUUUCAUUGGUCCUGGCUGGUUACCAUAAUGACAGAGAAGGCCGGCCAUUGUUUGGUGCUCCCAAAGCCUCUUUAGCAUGUGCCAUCCUGUUUGCCAUUCAUCCCAUCCACACAGAGUCUGUAGCAGGAAUUGUGGGAAGGGCUGAUCUCCUCUGUGCCUUACUCUUCAUAUUAUCAUUCCUGUGCUAUGUCAGAUCUUGUUGUCAAGAUACUGUGUCCCGCACGCAUGCCACUCUCCACCGUCCGGAGACAUUCUCCUUGGCCUGGUUCUGUCUGAGUGUGGUGUUCUGUGGACUGUCCGUCCUGUGUAAGGAGCAGGGAAUCACUGUCAUAGGUAUCUGUAGUGCCUACGACAUCAUUGUCAUCUGUCAGGUCGACGUAUUGAGAUUGUUGAGAUUAAAGAAAUCGACAGAGAACCAAAACCAGGAGGCCUCCCCUAGUGUAACAAAACAGAAUACGUCAGGCGACUGGUUUAAAAGUCUGUGUGUCCGUCACCUGUUCCUAGCGAUAACCGGUGCUGCCAUCCUGGUCACCAGGUGGCGUGUGAUGGGGUCAGCGCCUCCUGUGUUCCAAGUUUUCGAUAACCCACAUUCAUUUGUAAAUGGUACAUUACUAAGGACAUUAAACUACAAUUAUCUGUAUGCAUUGAACUGCUGGAUCUUGGUUAACCCGUGGUGGCUGUGUUUUGAUUGGUCGAUGGGAAGCGUGCCCACCAUAGACUCGCUGUCUGACCCCCGGGUGUUGGCAGUCAUUGUCCUGUGGGUGGUGCUGGCCUUCUGCCUGUACUCCGCCUGUGUGGGGCCGAUCGGUCAGCAACAGAGGCAGCUGACCAUGGCGCUAGCACUUCUGAUCGUACCCUUCCUCCCGGCCUCCAAUCUCUUUUUCCGUGUGGGUUUCGUUAUCGCGGAGCGUGUUCUUUAUCUCUCUACAGCAGGGUUCUGUAUUUUGGUCGUCAUGGGAAUCUGCAAACUUCAACAGAAAUUUACCAGCAUGAACACCCGUUACUGCCUGUUUUUUUUAGUGGCUGUUUUUAUGAUUAGAUCCAUACAGAGGAGUAAUGAAUGGAAAACAGAAAUGGCUCUGUUUACAGCUGGUGCUAAAACAUGUCCACUCAAUGCCAAGGUACACUACAACAUUGGGAAACUCAAUUCAGAUCUAGGCAACAUAGAAAAAGCCAUCUCUAAAUACAGGCUAGCAAUCAGCCUAAAUCCAGAGUACGAUCAGGCAAUGAAUAACCUCGGUAACUUACUGAAGGAUCAAGGGAAAAACGAGGAAGCAGAGCAGCUACUGCGGAAAGCUGUGGAAAUCAGACCAGAUUUUGCUGCAGCGUGGAUGAACCUUGGCAUUGUCCAGGCGGCCCUAAAGAAACCAAGAGAGGCGGAGCAGAGUUAUCACGAGGCCCUAAGACACCGCAGGAAGUAUCCCGACUGUUACUACAACCUCGGCAACCUGUACCUGGACAUGGGACAACACCAAAUGGCUCUGAAUGCCUGGAGAAACGCCACCCUCCUGAAGCCGAAGCACCUCAACGCCUGGAGCAACAUGGUCAUCUUAUUGGAUAAUAUAGAGAAACUGGAGCAGGCAGAGAUGGUGGGUAAGGAGGCGGUCAAACUUUUCCCUAACGACCCGACCCCCUACUUUAACCUGGCCAACGUGAUGGGUAAAGCGGACCGCUACAAGGAGAGUGAGCAGUACUUCCUUAAGGCCAUACAGCUCAGCGGCAAUUCUCCUGUAGCCAAGAUGUACGCCAACUUAGGUGUGCUGUACCAUCGGUGGGACAAGCCUGCUGAGGCCGAGAGAGCAUACAUGAAGGCGCUGGAGCUGGACCCCUCCAGCCACAAUGUCCAACAGAACCUUCAGAUGCUCCGCCGUAAAUACAGCAAAAACGCCAAAUCCUAGCAUGUCUUAAAACCUCCAAAACAUUCCGCCAGAUUCUGAUGCCAAAGAUUUUCUUUUGCAUACAGAUGUACCUACAGGAGUCCAAUAAGAUACCUGUGAAACAUAUCAUGGUUCUGUACCUGGUGUCCAUGGAAACAUUCCUUUCCUUAUUGUGUACAAGUUACCAAGGAAACUUACCUGUACCGUAAUUACCUGUUACACCUGGAGAACAUUCCCACUAUAACAAUGAGAAAUUCUACAAAAUUUUCUGUAAUUCAAAACUUGUCCUAUUAAUCAUGUAGACAAAUGUUGUAAUCGUAACUGUGUUCUACUUAAUAGAUUAAACAUGAUUAUUCAUAAAAAGUCUGUUAUAUGAACUUAAACAGACAUCUUAAACAAAUUACUAGUGAAUUAUGUGGCAUUAUCACAAGUGACACAAAAUAGUGGUCAGGUUCAGUAAGACUCUCAGUCACUGUCCGUCAGUGCUGGACAUAAAACGUUUACAGAACUAAGUGUCCAUCUGUGUCAGAGAAAGCAAGGACAGAGUUACUGGCCUUGUUUGUUUUUUGUCACCAGGGGUAUGAGAUGUGAAGAGAAGAGACAGAUCUUUAUUUACUUAGAGAAUUGAAAAGAAUUAUUAUUUUUUAGAUGAAAUCAUUUAUAGUUAAACUGUAAUUAUUUCCAUUGAUUGCAUUCCUGUCUUGUAGCAUUCCAUGUAUAGCAAGUUAAUUAGUUCAUUCCACCUCAACAGAUUCCAAUAAUUGUAUCUGUACUAUGUAUGUUUUUCUCACUCAUAUACCGUGAAUUUUCAUAACGGUUUAUAUUUAUACAAAGAAGUGUUUAAAACAUUCCCAUGUACAUGUAUAGGUAUUUUGUUAUGCAAUGAUCUCAUAUAUAUUAUGAAGAGACACAAAACCUUGCAAUAUAUUUUUACAGAUUCUGAGGAAGGUUGUACUGUUUACACUGGAUGAUCGAAUCAGUGUCUGUGUGUGUUUAUUUUUUUUGACUUUUUUUUUUUAAGAGUUGCGAAGUGGAAUAACUCAAAUUUCAUAUUUUAAUUUGGAACUGAAAAUUGAGCUAUUCCCCGUUUCAUUAAUAUGGCAAUUACAUUUGACUGAAGGGGCUCUGCCUGAAAACCAAUAUAUUAUUUUUUGGGUCCAAGUGCUUGUUUUGUAUGUUGAGUGCUGUGCUUUGUUGUAAACAGAAGUUUAUUUUUGUGUCGACUAUUGUUGUUGUAUUUUUUUGGUUGAUGUUUUUCCACUUUUGGGAUGUAAUUGCAUAAUGAUGUAUCAUUAUUAGCACGACAUGACAUGUGUAAAUUAUGUUACCAUUUUAUCACUGAUUUGAGCCAUAAUACUUGUGCAUAUCAAAUGUUGAUUCAUAUUAUAAAACAAAAGCUUUGCUGAAAUUC